AUGACUUCCCUCGCGCCGUGCAAGUUCUUUGCAAGUGGAUAUUGUAUGAGAGGAGAGAAUUGUCGUUUUUCUCACGAAAAGACUACUUUUACACCUCAAGUUGCUGUCUCUGCGAAAAAAGCCCAUCUGAAGCUCCAACUUCACAUUCAACACAACAUUCUCGCUCUCAGAUCCCAUGCUACCAUUAUUCUAGAGGAAAUUGUCGAAACGGAAGCAGCAGAGCCUGACUUAGACCCUGAGGGCAACCAGAAUUAUGACAACUUCACAAGAGAUUUCGGAGGCGCAUUGGCCAAAUUUGACGUUGGCGCACAAGUGUCUAAGAUCUCGCUACCAACGGACUUUUCCGCCGCUCGAAUCGAUGGAUUGCCAUUAGAUGUCACUGCAGAAUCCUUCGUUGCACUUUUGAAAAAGAAAGGAGUACAACUUAUGCCCGAAUGUGUGAGGAUACGAAGGUAUGAUGACACGGCAUCGGCAGAUAUCAAAGUGGAUGAUCCUACUUUUGCAAAGGGAUUCUGCUCAAAACUCAACGAGAAGACCUUUUUAAAAACCAAAUAUCCAAACAUGAAAGCCUUUCAUGUAUCUGCCGGUCUUCAAUCCGGCACCAAAUCUCACCAAAUCGAAUGCAAAAAGAUUCAAUGCUCUUGGUUUAAACCCUCUAGGUCGGUAUGGCUGCAUUUUGGAAGUGAGAAUGUUGCCGAGAAAGUUUUCGCGAGGAUCAAUUCCAAGUCUUAUAAGGUGCUGGGUCAACCAGUCAAAUGUCAACCACCGACUGGGCGGGUUACGUCGCUACUCGGUCCACUUACUUGGACGGUUAUGCUACCAAAUCUGCCUGCCAAGACCACGCAGAAAGACAUCCCCCCUUCUAUCACCUUGCCACAUCACGUGCCGCGAAAGAUAGAGAUUGGAGAGGUUAAUUAUGACGUGGAAGGAGAAGAAGCCAGUGCAAUUGUGAUGUCCUUAUUACUUGGGGUUGGUCCCAUUGAAUGGAGCCAAAUCAGUACAGAACUGGAAGGCAAAAGAGCAAAAGCUGUUGCUAGAUAUUACGAGGAGUCCGAUGCAAGAGCAGCAGUUAUUUCGUUGCAAGAUAUGCCUCUACCAUUUUGUAAAACCAUGACCUUGACUGUCCAACUUAUCAGUACCGCGAAGUUCAAAGUUGCAAGCUCGAUCUUCAAUGCCGUUCAAAGUCGAAUCCGCACUGUCAGCCAAAUUUGGAACGAGCAGCAUCUGAAAUUUAAAAUCUAUCCCAGCGCUGGUCUUAAACAGCAAUACAGAGUUCUAAAGAUUGAAGGCGAGUCGUCAAAAGAUGUAGCUUCCGCGAAAGAAUCGUUGAAUGGGAUAUUAGACGGGGUCACAGUGAUGAAUGGCGAGAAGCCUCUGUGGACCUCUUCUUUGAUCGGCAAUGGAACUAUUUUCCAGAAAUUCAAAAAGAUUCAGCGAGAUCACGGAGUUAUUAUCCUUCGGAACAAGAGAAAACAAGAAAUAAAGCUCUAUGGCCCCGAAGAAAAUUGUAAGGAAGUGGAAUCGAUCAUCACGACAAUUAUCGGUAAGGAAUCAUACACUGCUCAUAUAAUUGAAUUGAAACCUGAAGACUUCCGAUGGGCAUGUAAUGGUGGCUUCAGAAUGAUUGCCACUACACUCGGAGAUAACAUUGCCACAUUCGAUAUUGUCUCGAGGCCAAGGAGGAUCUUGAUCGCAGGCACCGAUAAGGAAUAUGAAACAGCACUGAAAAUGAUUGGCAAGAAAGAAUCCAAACUACUAUCUGAAUCUGUCACCGCCAAAGAGGAUUGCGUUGUAUGCUGGGGAAUAGCAGAUAAUCCAAUCCUCACCAAAUGCAAUCAUGUAUACUGCAUCGAGUGUUUCGAACUUUCCUGUAGCGCCGCAAGUUCCAACGGAAAGAAUUUUUCAAUAAACUGCCACGGAGACAUGGGAAGAUGUCAAGUCAGCUUCAGCCUUGAAGAACUACAAGAGAUACUCUCAUCUAAAGCAUUCGAAGAUAUCCUCGAGGCCUCUUUCUUAUCUCACAUCCAGCGAAAUCCACAGACAUUCCGUUAUUGUCCAAAACCAAAUUGCGAUACCAUCUACCGAGUCACAAAUACCAUGCAUUUCAAUACCUGCGCGGAGUGCUGCACGGUAAUAUGUACAUAUUGUCACCAUCAGCACGACAACAAAACGUGCGCGGAGUAUGAAUAUGAAACUUCUGGAAAAUACGAAGCUACACUCAAAAUGAUGGAAAAGAUCGGGAUCAAGAGUUGUCCCAAGUGCAAGACAUCUAUUGAGAAGACGGAAGGGUGUAACCACAUUGAGUGUAAGUGUGGUGCACACCUUUGCUGGGUGUGUUUGGAGCCAUUUGAACACUCAGAGCUGUGCUACGAGCACAUGUCAGCAAAGCAUGGGGGAUGUUUUAGUCUACCCUUUCUUCAAGAGUAG